GUAUGUACAGGUAUUAUGAAUGCAUUGGUUUGUGUGACACAAGUUGUGUUUGAGUUUCUAUUGAAUAGUACAGUGUGUGUGUAGUAGUGGUGCUUACAGUGUGUUGUUGUUGUCUAUUGCUGUGAAUUGUGGCCAACAUUACAGUGCAAUCAUUGCAUUCACAAUACAGUAGUGUUUACUUCAAACUCUGAGCUAACCUUCGACUCCGAUAUACGACUCAAUACAUCGAUUGUCUCAUUGAUGACCACAAGACACACAAACACACACAUCAAGUGACCAACUGAUGAACUGAUCCGCAACACUACUACUACAACACAACUCAAGUCAAUACAUAAAGUCAUAUAUCGACGCACUUGUAGUGAAGCACUGGUUUAUAUCAGUUGUGUUGAGAGCGAUGGCGACUCUCAUUGAGGGACAACAAUAUGCUCUGACAUCACAUCUGAAUCACUCUGUGAACAAGUCUUUGAUUUUUGUUAAACUGACUGAUUCUGCAUUCAAUGCUAUCGAGGAAUAUCUCAACAAUAAGGGAAGCGUUAGCCCAAACUCGAAGCCAUUGAUUGAAUUUCGUGCUAAUGAUUCUCAUGGGGUGAUCAGUAUUCCCAGCAAAAGGAGUACAUUAGAUGAAGAUAGUGUGCGAUUCAAUUUCACGUUAUCUAAUGUCGAUGCAGUUGAACCUCAGGGCAGCUUUGAAUGUAUUAGACAAUCAAAGAACAGAUCCAUUGAAUCGUUUGGUGAUAUUGACUAUAAGAUGCAAAUACAGGCCAACGAUGACAGUUAUCAAAAGACUAAAGUCAAGAUGGCUGUCGUCGAAAGGGAAAGUAAGAAGUAUAGCACCAAAGUUAUCAAAGCUAGUGAUCCCAAUGUGGGCCGAAAGGUCAAAGUAAAGAGACAUUUGACAACUUCAAGACCCAUACCUCAUACACAACCUAUCAAAGCACACGAAUCAUUAGCACAACAGUGCAGCUCACCUCCUAAAAGUCCAAUCAAAAGAAGUAUUGACAAUAGUUCCAAUAAUAAUAAUAAUACAUCAUUAGUGGCCAAAAAACAAAAAUCUUUAUUUAAUACAAAUCACUCGACAACAAGACUUAAAACGAGUGGAUACAACCAUUUACUUAAUGGUUGGAUUAAUAAGCCUUCCAGUCCUGACAGAGAGUCUAAUACAAGUGCUUAUGUGAACUCCAAUGUGAACUCAAAUGUGAAUUCUUCAUCAGAUAUAUUGCUUACAAAUACGAGUCAUUCAUCUCCAGAAUCUAAUAAUGCAAUUUGUUUUUCACAACAAGAUUAUCACAGAUCAAAUCCUAGCAACCAUUUUAUUAACAGUGAUAAUAGUUUUACUAAAAAUCAUACAAGAGAUAGUAUAAGUAGGUAUAAGACCAAUGGGUACCACAAUGGCAAUGGAUCCGGUUCUAUAAAUUCCUCUCCAAACUCAAGUCCCGAUAGCGGAACUGGAAGUCAUGACGGAAGCACUCUGAGCUCAACUAACUCAUACACUAUUUGUUCCAAUGAUGACUCUCCCGAUUAUUUAACUAAAUAUACAAAAAUACUAACUCCGGAUCAAAAGAUACAAUACAAGAAUGAUUUCUAUCGUGAAUAUGAAGAAUAUCGACGUCUCCAUCAAUACAUAGAAGGUGUGGCCUCAAAGUUUUCGGAACUGGAAAUACGUCUCAACACUAAAGUCGAAGGAUCUGAUGACUGGAAUAAAUUGAUGGAUCAGAUAGUGAAGGAAUAUGAGGAAACAAAGAGUUGUCCAAAAUUCCAGAAGUGUCGCAAACGGAUGUUCUAUCUUCACGACAAAUUAGCUCAUAUCAAGUCACUUGUCAUUGAUUACGACCGUAACUCACAUUUCAACAAAAAUCAAUUGUCUCACAAAUUACAAGUCAAGUCAAAUCCUAUUUCCUCCUAACUCACAAUACAAGUUGUCUAUCAAAUUAAGUCAAUUUUGCUAUUGUUUUUUUAAAGCAAAUUAUUAUUAUUUUCUAAAUUAUUUAUAUAUGUAAAUAGGAAUUCAUAUGAAUAUUU